CAAGGACUCAGUUGGCUGAGGUGAAAACAAGGCCCCGCGGUUCCAGUUAUGAAACCGGCUGCUGCCUCACCGACCUGGGUGGAACCGCCCUUGUUUCCCGUAGGGAAAAUGUCUGGAAGUGAAAAGAAGAGAGCCAGAGGAUUGUUCCUGCGGCUGGGUCCAGGCCUGGGGCUCAGAAUCUUGCAGUGGGGCCUUGUGUUGACCCCAGGCCUUACAGGGUCACGUUCGGUCCCCCAAACUGGAGACGCCUGGAAGACAGGUGCACCAGAAGCCAACCCCAAGGAGCGGCGUGGGUCCGGGCGAGGCCGGCGCAGCGCGAGCUGGGGCUGGCAGCCUCCUCCAGCAGCGCACCGCACCCCAGUCCGAGAUCUGCCCCAAUCCCCGGGGAGCUUUCAAAGAAGCCACAGGAUCUGGGGCUCCAGAGGCGCUCGGCUCCGUCGCAGCCGCACCUGGCCGGGAGAGAGGCGAGGCGAGGAGGGCGAGAAGAAUGGCUCUGGGCUGGGCUCCCCACGCCAGCCCCAACCCAGGGGCGCGAGGUUCGGCUCUCUUGAGCUCAGACUGGGGCUGCUGCGACAGGCCCAGUCCUCUUCCCGACUCCCACCUCCAGGAUUUGGAGAUGAACAAAGAACCGGUUUCAGGUCGUCCUCCCUGGCAGGUCAGGCAAAUGUGUGUAAGAGGUCAGGUCUGCGCGUCAGAGCGAAGACGCGUCCUCAACUCUAGAAUCUCCUCUUCCCAGUCCUGCGCUUGCGCUUCUGCCCAGGAACUUGCCCGGGCGCUGUGCGUGGAAACAGUGGGGUUGACCCUCCGUGUAGCCCCCACAAGCUUCAGUGUGUUAUUCGUCUCUAACCUACGGUGCUUUGAUCUUAGUGGCCAUUCCGUAGUAGAUGGAAAACUUUUCUUCUCCCUUACUGUACUGGAGGAUUGAAUGCAAGGCUGUCUCCCUGAGCUACAUCUCCAGCCCUUUUCAUGUCAUAUUUUGAGCCCGUUUUAUGUCAUAUUCUGGGCUAAAUAGCCUAGGCUGGUCUCGAAGUUGCGCUCUCUCUGUCUCAGGCUCCCUGGUUUCUGGGAUUGCAGUUGUUCA